CCCAAACCUAACCCGUUUAAUUUCGUGUCUUGUUCGUGUCGACCCAAUUAUGUAAAUGGGUCGUGAAUUCUUGACCCAAACCCGCUUAUUUCAUGUCGGAUCAGGUUUUGACAAUCCUACAUUUAAUCAAAAAAAUUAUUGACAUUUACAAUGUACUGAUGUACAUUAUCAUAUCCACACAAAAAUCACAGAACAUGGACGCAACACGUCAACAUUGCAUCCCUAACUUUGGCCUCCUCAGCUCACCAAUUUGGCGAUUUCAUCGAUCAUCACCACCACCAACAUUCUCCUCCUCCCUAAAAACCACCGCAAAUGAACCAGAGCACCACCACCAAUGCCCCUACUUCUCUCCUCCACACCAACCACCGCUUCUCUCUUCCUUAAACUCACCUUUCCACUCGCUUUCCUCCGCUUUUCAACCAUGUCUUCCAUCAAUCUUCAAUCCCACGCAUUCGCCGGCAACCCCAUUAAGGCCAAAAUCCCCAAAUCAAACGACCCUUUUUCCCCUAAUUCAGCUCUCGAAGCUCUUAAAUCUCACCUUUUAGGGAAUACCCAUGACGCCAUUGCCCUUAAUUUUAAGGUACUGCCCUUCAGAAAAGGGCGCCCUUUGGCGGGUUCUCAGGGUUCCUCCCCAAAUUGGCAUCUGGGUUGGCUUAGUUUGGGUGAUUGUAAGGGUUUAUUGGCUGAUUCUUCGGUUAAAUUUGAGGGAGAUUCGUUGGUUUAUCUGGGUUCGAAAUCAGAGGAAGAUUCUGUUUAUUGGGCAAUUGAUGUUUCUGAGGAUGAUAAAUUGGUGGAUGAAUUGGGGAAGAAGUAUUUCUCUUUUGUUGAGCUUAGGACUUUAAUGGUGGCUACUGAUUGGUCUGAUUCUCGUGCUAUGGCUGAUUUAGCUGUUGCUGGUCAUCCCUCUUCUCUUCCUAUAAAAACUGAUCAAAUCAAGAAAAAUACAUCAGAGCCUCAGAAAUUUAACAGUUCCUCGAGUGCUUCUCCCUGUUACAGCCAAGAGAACACUGUUGGAAUCAUUGGAAGUGUGUCGGUUCUUACUACAUUGAUCUUCCUUGAGAAGUUUGUGCUAUGGAGCUCAAGAGAUAAACACGAAACUGUCCCUUUCAUUGUCUGCAGUGAUCCAACAUCUCCUUCGAGCUGUGAGUACAUUUCUGACAACAAUGGUGGUAGCAUCCCUUCAGGAUUAGACCAUGUUAGGAUGGUUGAGAAUUUGAGAGGUAAAAGAUUGUUCCUUGAAGAAGGGGGAGCACGAUGCAUUGUCAUGCCUUGCCAUCUUUCACAUGCUUGGUAUGGUGAAAUAUCACAAGGGAGUAAGCAGCCUUUUCUUCAUAUGGCUGAGUGUGUUGCUUGGGAACUUAAGGAAGCUAAAUUUAGGCCUCUGGAAGCUGGUAGCGGUGUCAAAGUUGGAGUUAUAGCAACUGAUGCUACCCUAAUGGCAGGAUUCUACCAGGAAAAACUACAGGACCAGGGUUUUGAGGUGGUGUUGCCAGAUAAAUCAACCAUGGAGCAUGCCAUAUACCCGGCUAUAAACUCCUUGAAGCGGAAAGACAUGGAGGGAGCACUUAACCUGUUAAGAAUCGCGAUCCAGCUCCUUCUGGUUAAAUCUGUUAAUAUUGUGAUCCUUGCCUCCCAUGAACUGCAGUGUUUGUUACCACAUGACGAUCCCCUUGCUAAGAAAUGCAUUGAUCCUAUGGAUGCUUUGGCAAGAUCAGCUGUAAGAUGGGCAAAAUCUGCAAAAGAUACACGAGGAAUUUAGAUGAUACGUAGUUCUUGGUUUGUAAUGGUAAUUAAUCCUGUACAUUAGUAUACAGGUUCAACCAACUACUGUGGGAUUUCCCUUGGUUCACUUGAUGAUGUUGCCUUACAUUUGGACACAAGAAAGUACCCUCCACAAAGUUUAGAAGUUUAAUUUUAAGUUAUGUUUUUAUGUUGAGCUAUAUAUGCUUCUGCUAUUAUUGAAGGUGAAGAUUUUCUUAUCCUUUUUAUCCUCUCAAAGGCAUGAUAUAUAAUUGUAGACUAUGUUUGUAAGGGGCCUUAAAGUGGUUGCUUAUUAACAUUCAAUAUUCCAAUCCUGUUGCACUUAUAAAUCAAAUUUCUAACUGAAUUUGAAUAUA